CGACCUCCUUCAUAAUUCUCUUUGGCACCAUCGACAUUUUCAAUGAGGGGAAUCUGCAAGCUUCGAGCUACAAGAAAUAAAAUUAGCGAGGGAAAUAGUAAAAGAGAAUGCGAGGAAAAGAGUGACGCCGCAUGGCCGUUUUUUGCCACUCUUUGCUUCACGCUCAUUUCGCCGCACACCUAGUACUUCAUACCCUUUUUCAAUAAUGGAGAUUCGGCUGGAUGACUUUUCGAGCUCGACCUUUGAUGUGAAGCAAUGGCUCAAUGCGCAGUUCUCGUCGGCCAGCUCGGACCCGAUAUCUGCAGAGAACCGCACCGACACGCUGUCACAGAAACUGACAACACAGCUGCAUUUCCUGGCCACGAAUUCGCAGCAAAGCAACGACCGUAUCAAGGCGCGGUUCCGGCACCAGGCGCCACAGAUCGCUCGCGACAUUGCGUCCCUCAGCAAGCUGGUGCAAGAGACGCAGGUAGCCAUAUCGGCGUUCUCGAAAACUAUAGACGCACAGUCGCUAUCGGCGAAUGCUCUUGAACGAGUGGUCAAUAUCGAGACUGUGCGAGGGCAGUUGGAGAAGUCGGUGUCGGCAAUGGAGUAUUUCAGGGACUAUGCCGACUUCCCAAGGAAGAUCCAGAGGCUUGUUGACGAAGGAGACGUUGAGAAGGCAUGGGAGCUUGUGGAUCGAGCAAGGGCUAUGAGCAAGUCGUUUGGCGAACAGCCGGGAGAGAAUGCGGUGGAUAUUGGUGCCAGCGAGCAAAAGGUCAGAGACAUGGCAGUCACGAUGGUUGAGGCAGCGAUCAAGGAGCAGGACGCCGACAAAUUGGCAGGGCUGCGCGUGCUGCUGGACAAGCAUGAGAGCGGGGAUAUUGUUCGCCCAGCGUAUGUGCGGGUGACAACCGAUCUGCUGACGGAGCGUCUGGCAGUGCUACUGGCAGAUGCUGCUGACAGCAGCAGCAUCGACGGUGCGCUGGACUAUGUCUCUGAGGCAGUCGUACGUGAGCGUGGAUUUAUGGAGCUGGCUGGUAUUGACGGCGUGGACCAGGUGCUGGAGGGGCUCCUGGUCAGCAUGUGCGAGCUGCUACAUCCGAGCAUCCAGGCGAUUUUGAAGGCUAGCGACGCGAUGUUUGUGUUUGACAUGUACGAAAGCAUGGUGGGACUCUGGGCGCAGCUGGAUCGGGCGAUGAGCGACAAGACGCUGUGUGUGGGCGGGUCAUCAGAGGAGGCCAGCGGGGACGGGGAGCAGGUGCCAGAGUCGCUGCGGCUGCUGCUGGAGCCAUUCAUUCCCUAUUUGACCUCGUUUGUCGACAAGGAGCUCGAUGGCGCGCGGACACAGUAUCUGGAGCCGCUGCAGCAGAUCGAGUUUGGGCGGAUCGAGCCAUACACCAAGCAGGCAGCUGAGACCAUCAAGGCGCUGUUUGCCCACCUCAACAGCAUAGUAGAGCGGGCGUUUAUCCUGGUGCCAACCACCCGGCUUGAUGCAGGCGUUGCCAGCAUUGCGCAACUGGUGGCUGACGCUUCGAACGUUGUGUCAGACCGGCUCGCGGAAACAGCCCAGCGGUUCUCGAUCCCGCGGCUCGCACUGGAUUUCUACGAUGAUCUCAGUGCGGGCAACCCCGACGAGUUCGGGACGGCGAUUUACGGGUCGUUGACAAGCGAGGACAAGUUGAAUGCAGCGUCAGCGGUGGUUGGGCUGUCGGUUCUUGGCCGGCACAUUAGCGAAUCCACGGGGGCCCUGGGGAGCGCGAUUGCCCGGCGCUGGUCAGAGCACCUUGGAUGUGCGGGGGAGACAGCAAUCCCAGUGGUUGAAUGCCUCCGCGAAUCCUGUCAAACGACCAUGGAGCUUUCUGCGGUUCUAGAACCCGUGCGUGCUUUGGGGCUCACUGAGGGCCUCAGCCAAUUGAGGGAGGCGCCGGGCGAUCUGUCAUGCAAACUUUCGGCGGCAGUAGUGUUUCUUCUCACGAGCGGGUUCAGGCCCGCGCUGCAGCGGCUGCCGGGUCUUCCGGUCUGGCACGCAGUGAAGCAGAGCCGGUCCAACAUGAACAUCGAGGUACCGACAUUCAGCGUGUCGCCGACCGAGGAGGCCGUGGAGCUGGGCGAGAAAAUGCACAUUUUGCUGCCGGAGCUGGAGCAGCUGGAGGUCAUGGACAUGCAGCAGCCGGAGCAGCCGCCUGUGGAGUUGUACACGUUUGUGCUAGUGUCGCUCGACACCCCGUGCGAUGCGUCGGCAGGCGGGCUGGCAAUCCACGCAAUGCUGGCGUUUGUGCUGCAGCUUGUGCUCAGGAACACUGUGCAGCGGGUGGGUGAGAUCCGGCCACCGAUCACAAGCGAUGGCCGCCGACAGAUUGAGGCCGACGUCGAGUACAUCUCAAGCGUGGCCCGCUCGUUCACAGCCGAGUGCGGCGUGGAGUUCGACGAGCUCCAAAGCCAGCUGGCAGGCAAUCCGGUGCCGGAUGAUUCCCCGGCCACCGGGCUAGCUGAAAGGUUGAGCGACCUAUUGAGCAUCUCGUGACGCAGGUUUGGUUGGGUAUUUGGGUUAUUGUAGUAGGACAAAGAUAAUAAACUAAGGGAAAU